AUGUCUAAAAGCCAUAUGAGUCAUGUUUUUGUCAAAUGUAUCAACUAUCUCACAACGUUCCAUGAGAACAGAAUCCGGACAUAUUUAGCGGUUGCACCGGCCGAAGGAGCGGAGGAAACGCAGUUGCUGCUCAUCUGCCGCUUCCCAUUUGAAGCCAUGGCUGGACCUGUCAGUUUGGAGUUGGAUCCCAUUUUCCUCAAGGGACUGAGUUAUUUGCACUCCAAAAAUAAAGAUUCAGCUGAAAAACUCAAAGCGCUGCUCGAUGAGUCCAUGGCAAGAGGCAGUGACUCAUCCUACCGCUCAUUACAAAAAGAGGUGGAAGUGUCAAAGGGGCCCGUGUCAAAACUGAGCUUAGUUAAACAAGACUCCAAGUCAUCCAGUUCCUCAUCUUCCAGCAGCGGAAGCAGCAAAUCCAGCUCAGAGAAGAGCAAGAAAGAAGUCGAGAAGAGGCCGUCUGAAAAGGUACGGGUUGAGCUCAGUGAAGUGGACCCCCCGAAAAAGCCCCGCUUGGAGAAACAGGAAAACCGAUCCUCUCCGAUAACCGUUCAGACAAGCAAAGACCUCCUGCCAAACAUAAACGACUACGAUGAGACUAAUGCUGAUGAUUUUGCCAUGGAAAUGGGCCUGGCUUGUGUGGUUUGCAGACAAAUGACAGUUACAAUGGGAAACCAACUGGUGGAAUGCCAGGAAUGUCAUAAUCUUUACCACCAGGACUGUCACAAGCCCCAGGUGACAGACAAAGAAGUUAACGACCCACGGCUUGUGUGGUACUGUGCCCGCUGCACCAGGCAGAUGAAACGCAUGGCCCAGAAACCUCCACAGAAGCCGUCCCCGGCGUCUGCAUCUUCGGCGCCUGUCGUAAAAGACACGCUGGUGAAGAAGACGGAGCUCAAACUCAAAACGGACACCACCAGCACAUUCCAAGCCUUCAAAAGGACAGAAGUGAAGCCACCCACCACAUUAGCCAGCCCCACCAUCAGCAGCUCCUCUUCUUCAAGCAGCGGCCUAACUGGCUGGGCGGCAUUUGGUGCCAAAACCAGCCCAUCUAUUCCUGCUAGCUCCAAACUGGUUUCUUCUGGCACAAGUGGGAGCAACAAGACCUUAACAACUCCCUCUGGUCAGAAACCCGUUGGGUUGUCGGGGUUGGCUGGAGCCAAGUCAGGACUCGGAGGUGCAAAGACUUCUGGGAACAACAACGGAAACGGCUCGAGCCCAGUGACUCUGAAACCCCCCCCACCACUGACUCUGGGUAAGCAACCCCUCAACCGCUCGUCCAGCAGCGAGGGCCAGGGGAAAGGCUCCACUUCAUCGGGGUCCAGCUCUCCAAGUGGCUCCCAGGCAGGUGCCGGAGGUAAUGGAGGUGGGAACGGAGGAGGGAAUGGAAACAAUGGGAACGGGUCCAAAGCUGCACCGGGGGACAAAGCGCCGACCUCUCAGGAGUCUCAGCUUAACGCCAUGAAACGAUUGCAAAUGGUCAAGAAGAAAGCAGCACAGAAGAAGCUAAAGAAAUGAAAAAUGAAACGGGUGAAUUCAGUGCCAGACGUUUGUUCUUAGAGUAUCUGCACAUGAAGUAACACCAUCGAGUCAAAUACUUGAAUUUUACUUUGUGUAAAUGCUGCUGGACUCUGUGUGCCUCAGUCUGUCCUAAAAAAAAAAAAAUCUAACCGGUGGGGAAAAAGUGUCACUUUUUAUCAACUCUCAUUAAAAUCUCUCUUCUUA